GUAGCAUUUUUGAAUUGAUUAUCCUGUUUGGGCACUUUAUAAGCCAACCCCUUCCACUCGUCUCAUUUCCCUUUCCCACUUUCUUUGUGAUAAUUGUGAAACCAAUCUAUCGAUGGCAGAGGACAGAAAGGAAGAACUUCAUGUUCUGUUGGUGGCAUUUUCAGCCCAAGGUCACAUCAACCCUUUGCUAAGGCUAGGCAAAAGCCUCCUAACCAGAGGCCUCCACGUCACACUCGCCACCACCGAAUUAGUUUACCACCGCGUGUUCAAGUCCGCCAACACCGCCAAUACCGGUGACACCACCACCGUCCCCUCUUCUAUCACCACUAACGGAAUCCAAGUGUUGUUUUUCGCCGAUGACUAUGGUAGCGGCCAAGACCACAAGUUGACCAACCCUGACCAAUACAUGGAACUUAUAGGACAAUUUGGACCUGCCAACCUUUCCAACAUCAUCAAAGACAACUUCCUUAAUGGUUCCAAGAAUCUAGCUUGUAUUAUUAACAACCCCUUUGUUCCAUGGGUUGCAGAUGUAGCUGCCCAUUUCAAAAUCCCAUGUGCUUGUCUCUGGAUUCAACCAUGUGCUCUCUAUGCCAUAUACUACCGUUUCUACAACAAGUCCAACAAAUUUCCCACUCUCGAGGACCCUGAAAUGAGUGUCCACUUACCAGGUCUUCCUUUGUUACAACCACAAGACCUUCCAUCUUUUGUUCUUCCAUCAAACCCCUUUGGAACAUUGCAUAAGGUUCUGUCCGAGAUGUUCCUAGACAUGAAGAAGCUCAAGUGGGUGUUGGGAAAUUCAUUCCACGAGUUAGAGAAAGAGGUAAUAGAUUCCAUGGCUGAGAUAUGCCCAAUAACAACGGUCGGUCCACUUGUCCCUCCAUCGUUACUAGGCCAAGAUCAAAGUGAAGACAUUGGAAUCGAAAUGUGGAAGCCACAAGACUCGUGCAUGGAGUGGCUCAACCGUCAAGUUCCUUCUUCUGUUAUAUAUAUCUCAUUUGGAAGCAUCGUUGUGUUAUCAUCCAAGCAAUUGGAGAGCAUAGCGAAGGCUGUAAAAGACAGUAACCGUCCUUUUCUUUGGGUCAUCAAGCGUCGAGAAGGAGAAGAAAGUUUGCCACUGCCAGAGGAGUUCUUGGAAGAGACCAAAGAGCAAGGCAUGGUGGUGCCAUGGUGCCCACAAACGAAGGUGUUGGUUCACCCUUCAAUAGCGUGUUUCUUAACACACUGCGGGUGGAAUUCAAUGCUGGAAGCCAUCACUGCAGGCACGCCCAUGAUUGCUUAUCCUCAAUGGACCGAUCAACCCACAAACGCUAAAUUGAUUUCUGAUGUAUUCCGUUUGGGGAUUCGUCUUAAGCAGGACAGUGAUGGUUUUGUUGCACCAGAGGAGGUGGAAAGAGCUAUUGAUGAAAUUGUUGUUGGGCCAAGGUCGGAGGAGUUUAAGAAAACUGCGUCGGAGCUUAAACGGGCGGCGGGGGAGGCGGUGGCUGACGGUGGCUCGUCGGAACGGAAUAUUCAAUCAUUCGUGGAUGAGAUUAUUGGUGCCAAAGUUGGAUGAUAGAGACCGUCGGCGAACACUCUUGGAAAGUAACACUGUUCAGUAAAUUGUCGUUAUUGAAUGCUAACGUCAUUAUGGUUUUGGGUUACGCCAUGACUAUAAUUGGCCACAAAAGAAUUCAAAGCUUGUUUCUUUCUUUAUUUCUUUCUUACUAUGAAUAUAGUUUGCUGCUUAGGGUCAUUUGAUAGCAAGUGGGUGGUGGGAAGGUCUAUGUGUUUUUGUCUUUUUUUCUUACUUGUCCAUUUCUAUCCUCUUUCAGAUAUUUUGGUGAACAUUUUUUAAGAACUACAUAGUGCCUGGUUGAUACAAAGUCUUCAUUUCCCACCAAAUUUUACUAUAAUCGUCUUCUUAGUUCGUGAUUCAACCAUCUUAUUAGUAGAAUCGUUAAAAUGGGUUAAUUUACUUACUUCAGUUAUAUGCAUCACCGAUCAAGUUAC